CUCGCGCUCCCCCCGGGCCAGUGUUGAUGACGCCGGGUUAUGGCCGCUCUGCGCGCCGUGUGGGAUCCUUCAUUUCUACACUGAGGGCGCCGAAUCGACUGUUGAUACCCCGUGUGUGGCGUGUACACUGCUCACUGACGGCGGGAGAGAAGGGUGCCGGGUGCGCAGUAGCCUCUUUGCGGAGCUCCGGGACAGCAAGCAAAAUCUCUCAUGGAGACGCCCGAAAGCCCGUCUCAGUCUCCCCAGUCUCCUGAGGAGGCAGAGAAAGGCUUUUCUGAGGCUGAGCUCCUGGAUUCUCCCGAGGACCGGGGUGUCUCAGAUGAGGAGAACAGAAGUGCACCGGAGGAGGAAGAUGAGGCAGUGGACACCAUAAAUGAUAAUGGAUUUGAGGAGGAUGAAGCUGACGAGGUGGUACCAGACUUUGUCUCCGAAGCAGAGGACGAAGGGCUAGCAGGAGAAACUGGAGAGAUGGAGCAGGAGGAUGAGGACAUCUUGUUGAUGGAGGGAGAUGAUGAAGGUGCCAAGUCAGAUGAGGGAGAGGAGGAUGGACCUCUCAACACUCUAAAAUCUCCCUCAGAAUCAGCGCUGGGCCCAGAGGGCAUUGGUGAAGAGGAUGGAGAAGCAAGGAUUGAAAGCCACCGUAGAAGUGUGUCAAUCCCAGAAGCCCACGAUGAAGGAGACGAUGAAGAAGGGGAGGACGAGGAGGGGAAGAAAGCACAGGACGAAGAGGAUGAAGACCACAUGACAGAGCAGCGGAGGAGAGCAGUGGCUGUCAGAGAGAUGAAGGACGACCCGACAUCAGUCUCUCGGGAGCUUGACGAGCACGAGCUGGACUACGAUGAGGAAGUUCCAGAGGAACCUAACAUCCCCACUCUGGAGGAGGAGGAGGAUGAAGAUGAUACCAAAGUCGAAGAUGACGAUGAGAACGAGGAGAGAAGUGUGAAGAGAGACAAGAAACCAAUCCUUCCUCCGUCACCCUCAGAGGGAGAUUCCAGGAAGCUGGACGACCCCAAAGGUCAUGAAAGGUCACGGAGAGAUUCCUUCCGAGAUAAGAAGAAAGAUGACGACGAUGGAGAGAUUGACGAAGGGGAGAUUGAUGACGACGACCUGGAGGAAGGCGAAGUGAAAGAUCCGUCUGACAGAAAAAUCCGACCUCGGCCAAUCUGCAGGUUCUUCAUCAAAGGAAACUGCACCUGGGGAAUGAACUGCCGCUUCAUCCACCCUGGAGUCAACGACAAGGGGAACUACUCCCUCAUCAGUAAGCCAGACGUCUUCUCUCCGAACGGAGCGCCCCCUGGGGCGCCGCCCCCGCUCCUGCCCAACAACCCUUGGGUGGGGCCUGCUGUAGAGGAGCUCCCCCCGCCGCCGCCUCCCCCCGUGGAGCCUCCUGUGGAGAGCGCCUGGGAGCGCGGCCUGCGACACGCCAAAGAGGUCCUGAAGAAGGCCACCAUCCGGAAAGAGCAGGAGCCGGACUUUGAGGAGAAGCGCUUCAACGUGACCAUCGGGGAGGACGAUCGGGAAUUUGACAAAGAGAACGAAUUCUUCAGAGAACGCAGCUACCGCAUCAUCAGAGAUGAGAUGGACCUCAGAGACCCCGUCUACGGUGACCCCUACGCUGACCCCUACUACGACUAUGAAAUGGAGACGCUGUGGCGAGGUGGCCAGUACGAGAACUUCCGAGUGCAGUACACUGAAGCUCCUCUGCCCUACCACUACAGCGACCGAGAGCGUGACCCCAGAGAGCCACACCGGGACCGCGAGAGGGAGCGGGACAACCGCGAGAGGGAGCGGCGGCAGAGGGAGCGGGAACGGGAGCGUGAGCGCGAGAAGGAGAGAGUGCGGAGGAAAGAAGAGUGGGACAGAGAGCGGCUGAAGCGUGAUGACAAGGAGAGGCCCAGGAUGAGACCGCCACGAGAGCUCCGGGACAAGAAGGAGGAGGACAAGCUCAAGCCUCACUCUCCGCUCACCAUGCCACCAAACAGGCCGCUGGAGCCGCUCAUGAAGAAAGAUGUCCUGCCGGUGAUGAGGCGGCCCGACGAAUGGAAGGAUCCGUGGCGUCGGUCAAAGUCUCCACGGAGAAGACCUGGACUGGGCUCCCCCCUCAGAGGCCGCAGGAGACAUCGGCCAUCUGGUUCCUCCAUCUCUCCGUCCAACUCUUCCAGGUCUUCCUCCCGGUCCUCAUCCUACACCGGCUCCGGUUCGUCUCGGUCCAGCAGCCGCUCGUCCUCCUUCAGCUCCUACUCCAGUCACUCGUCGCAGCACAGCUCCUUCAGCGGCAGCCGCUCCAGGUCCAGAUCUUUCUCCACCUCUCCAUCACCCAGUCCUGCAGCCCCGAGGAACAACAAGAACAAAGCAGAGCCUGCUGCUGCUGCUGCUGCAGCAGCCAGAGGGUGGAAGACUGGAGCCAGUUUAACUCUGGCCUUCUCACCCUCUGGAAGGAUGCCAGCGAAGCCCGGCGCUGUGAACCCCCCUCGCAGAGAGAAGCCUCCCAUGAAGAAGCCCCCAACUUCUCCUCCGCCCGGAGCCCCUCCGGGUCGACCUCCCAAACCUCCACUGGAGGCAGCCAAGCUGCCGGCUAAUCCUCGGGAGAGAGAAGGCGCGGGGAGCGGCGGGCCGGCGAGGCCCCCGCCUGCCCGAGAACCUGGGAAGCCUGCGGUCCAGAGGGAAGGAAGGAAGAAGGAGCCGCAGCAGCAUCCGCCUCGAAGGCGCGCCAUGAGCGGCAGUGUGAGCGGCAGCAGCUACUCGGGAUCCAGCUCCAGGUCCAGGUCCUCCUCCAACUCCGUCUCCCCCUCACGCUCGGGUUCCAGGAAGUCCAGGAAGUCCAGGUCUCUGAGCGUCAGCAGCGUCUCCUCCGUGUCCUCGGCCUCGUCCAGCGGCAGCUCGGUGCGCAGCGCCGACUCGGACGACAUGUACGCCGACCUGGCCAGUCCCGUGUCCUCGGCCAGCUCCCGCUCCCCGAGCCCCAGCCGGCCCCACAGAGACCGGGCCGGAGCCCCGCGGGAGAGAGCGGCCCCGGGCCCAGGCCCAGGCCGGGAGAGGGCCAGAGCAGAGCGGCCGCCCCGGAAAGAGGACGCCUUCAGGGAGGAGCGGCGGAAGACGGAGCCGUCGGGUCCUUCGGCCCGCGGAGGACACCUGCGGCCGGGAGCCAGCGGCAGGGGGGGCCACCCCCCGCACCCGCCCGCAGGCAGCAUGCCGCCCCCCGGUGCGCACGCCGCCGCCGCCGCCUCACAUAAAGACAUCAAGCUCACCCUUCUGAACAAGCAGGCGGACAAGAGGAAGAGGUACCUUCCCUCGGACAAGGAGCGGCCUGGCUCUCCACCCAGCAAGAGGAUGGUCAUGUCCCCGGACCGAGGUCGAGACAAGAGGCCGCCGGGUCGACCCCCGAUGGAGCGAGCCCGAGGCCAGGGGCCGCGGCCGGCGGCCCCGCAGGCAGACAGGAAGCGACCCGUCUCGCCGCCGGCCAAGUCGUCCGCCAAAGGUCCGGCCGCCGCCGCGCCGCUCAAACCGUCGGCCGCAGGUCCGGCCGCCGCCGCUGCCGCCGCCGCCGCUGCCGUCGCCGGGAGCAACAAACCCAGCAACACUUUGUCUCGCCGCGAGGAGCUGCUGAAGCAGCUGAAGGCCGUGGAGGACGCCAUCGCCCGCAAGAGAGCCAAGAUUCCCGCUAAAUGAGCGGGCGGCGCGCAUGCAGAGAGACUGCUGGUGUUGAAUCAAAGUGAAGCAGCGCUGUGACGGCCGGAGGCCCCCCUCACGUUUCUCUCGUUUCUGUUCGGACCGCUGAUCCAGUGGACCGGUUCUUGGUGGACCUGGUUCCGGCACCGCCGCCGCAGCCGCGUGCGAACGUUCCGCUUCUCCGAUCUUAGUUUUUACUUUCUUUCUCGCUCUCCUCAAGUUGGUGUCACGAUUGUAGCCGGAACAGCACCGCCCCCGGGCCGUGUCUCAUGCUUUUGUGACGGAAGACUCUAAAUAAACUAU